AUGGCGGCGCUGAACGACGACCUCUUCGAGUACGCCGAGUUCCAGGUGGACGAGCAGGACCCGAACCAGCACGUGGACUGGAAGCUGCUGCCGAUGCGGCAGGCUUACCGCGUCUGGGCCGGCGAGGGCACGAUGUACCUGGGCAGCAUGCACGACGGCCUCUACAAGUACCACCUGACGCCGUGCGUGGCGCCCUUCAUCGCGGACCACGGCCUCGUGUGGAAGCCGACGAAUGGAUCCCGGCCGUGGGUUUUCACGCGCCGUGUCGCGCCUGCCACGAUCGAGAUCGAUGCCGCGGGCUUCGAGCGCGACGCGGGCGCGAUUCACCUCCACGUCACCUGCGAUCGCGACGGCGAUGUUCGCAAUCACGUGCUCCGCACCUCGGAGUCGUCGACUGUGCAGAUGGUGAAGAGCGAGCUCCGCGUCGCGAUGGGCUGGCCGCCGUACACGCCCGUGGCCUGGGCUGGCAUCGACGAUGCGGCGAAGCGCCAGAACGUCAGGUUCGAGAUUCUGAAGGCGACGUUCGGCGGCUGGAUUUCCGCCGUCCCGCCUCGCUCACUCGGCAUCGCUGGCGCCAUGGAGGCAGACCGCGCCGCGGGCGCGCAGAUGCAGUUGCCCAUGUCCCCGCGCGCGUACAACCGCCUCGUGCGCGAGCUCAAGUACGUCAACGCGAACAUCCUCGGCCGGCCGGCUCACGGCUACCAGGCGAACCCCGCUGGCACGAAGGUGAAGUUCGCGGGGGGCUUGCUGCCGGCGGCGCCUGCGUCGCUGAAGGCGUGGUGGCGCAAGUACUUCCAGGAGGGCGCCUCCCGCGCGGGCGCGGCGGGGCCGACGCCUGGCCCAUCGAGGCCCAAGCCCGCGGCGCGGCUGGCGAAGAGUCGCCGACAGGUGUCGGCUGCUCGCGACCGCAGCGGGAGCGGCCUCGUUGACAUCGAGGCUUUCGACGAUGUCCUCGCGGAGUUCGCCGUUCCACGCACGACGUUGACCCCGGUCGCCCCAGCGACUCACCGUCGCCGCCAUGCGCGCGCCCGCCCAGGCGGCGCGGGGGCGGGGCGGCGCGGCGCCGGCGUCGACGGCGUCGCGCCGAACGAGGGGAUGACCGAUUCGGCGCGCGGCGACGCGUCCUCCGGAGGCGCGGAUGCGACGCUCGAGCAGGCCUCCCCUGUCCAGUCCGUCUUGGAGUCGAACGGGGAGGAGGUGGCCGCGUCGACAUUCGGGGACGCGCCCAUCGGAGGCAGGGGCGCGGCGCCCGACCAGGACUUGGCGGAGUUCGCUGAGGGGCUGAACCAUGACUUGUCGGCGGAGUCGGCGCCCGGGGGCGCGCCCCCCGGCUGCGCGGGCGCGACGCCCAAGCAGGAGUUGGGGGAGUUCGUCGAGGAGCCGAGAGAGGACUCGGCGGAAUCUGCCGAGGAGCCGGACCAGGGCUCGGCGGCGUUGGCGCCCUGUGGCGCGCCCGCGGGAGGCAAGGGGGCGUCGCCCGAGCACGCCGCGGCAGAGAUCAUCGACGAGCUGAACAGGGGGAUGACCGAGUUGGCUCUCGAGGGCUUGUCCGCGGGGGGGUGCGAGGACGGAGAGCCCGAGCGAUUCCAUGCGAAGUUCGUCGAGGAACAGGACGACCUCUUCGUGCGCUGCCGGAUGGGCAUCUUCACCCUGGAGGAGAUCGUCCAGCAGGCUGAGGCCCUGGAGAAGCGCUACGGGGCAAUUGCGUGGCGCCUGAUCUACCUGCUCAGGACUAUGCCAGACAUCCUCUGCGAGAGCGUCCCUGUCGAGUGGAGCGGCGCCCCCUGGCAGUCAGUCGGAGGCAGCGGCACGCCGCUCGGCGAGAUGGAUCACGCCUCGACGCUCGAGUACCAGCGCGUCUUGCAGGAGCGGCUCGAGCGCAACGGGGGCCGCGAUCUCGUCAUGGACGCAGAAGCCCGGAGGAGGAGGGAUUUCCCCGAGGAGUUCCCCGCCAGCGGGAGGACUACCGCGCCGAGCUUCGAAACGCCGCCGCCGAAGGAGAGGUUCGAGGCAGAGGCCGCGGUGGCGCAGGUGCACGCGGAGGACGGCUGCGAUCGCCAUCGUGGUCGACGGGGUCAGGGCGGUUCAGACAAGCUGCUGCCCUCCUUCCACCUCAGGGCGAGCUUCGACCACCUCGAACUCCCGCACGCUCAGUGCGCGUUCACCGCGGCGCAGGUGGAACUGUAUCAUCUGUCCAGACGCAUGACUCACGACCAGUUCCUGCGGGAGAAGGGCAUCCUGGAGCAGGUGGCCAGCAGGAGGGCAGUGUUGCUGGCGUGGCUGCUCUGGGAGGAAGGCUGUUGGAAGCCCGACUUUGAUGCCCGAGCGAAGCGUUUCCUGGCGGCGGUGGGUCGCCCUCUCGCGGCAGGCGGCUCGCGGGGGCCCGCGGGCGGCGCGCCGCGGCUCGUGGAUGACGAGCUCUCGCAGGAAGAGAAGAGGAUGAGGACGGUGUCCGCGGUCAAGCAGUCGUUGGAGUACGUGGAAAUGCAACUGAGGUGCAGCACCGGGGAGCUGGACGAGGAGGACAGGCCCGCGACCCCGGACCCCGCCCUGCCGCACGUCAGCAAGCGGGAUUGGGAGAAGAGUGUGCAGCAGUGGCGCCAUGCCACAUCGCGAGCACUGGCCGCAACCCCGGUGGACGCUGCGGCGCUUGCGGCGGUGGGCCGACUUGGCGCUUGGACGACGGAAUCGCCUCCAAUUUUGCGCGGCGUCGAUGUGCUUACCCAGAGCGGCAACUGCAUUGUGCAAUCGUACGCCGUUGUGACGGGCGAUUUCCGCGGCGCCAUCGAGUACUGCCAGCAGCGUCCCGUGCGCCGCGGCGCGACGCGUCUGUACGCCGACGUCGCCGCCCAUUUCAACUUUUCCUUGGGAUUCGCGGGCUUGGAGGUCGCGCAAGACGGGCGACAUGCGCUCCGCCCUGGGCUGUACUUCUUCCACAUCCGUCUUCAUUGCCGCCCCGUGGUUGUCCCGCCCGAGAGCGAGCUGGCCUGCGUGUGGAGAGGCUACGAGCGGAUCUUCAUAAGGAUAGCAACCCUGGCGCGCAAGGUGGACGAGAUCGGCGGGCAGCUCCUGUUCAUCGAUGGUGGCUGGCGUUUUCCCGUGUGCGCAGGUCUGCGCGCUGGCGGCGGGCCCGGCGCCGAGGACGAGCUUGCCCCGGCUGGCGAGGGCGAGGCGUCUGCCGCCGGCCCGAGCGCGUCGCCCCCUCUCCCCGACGACGACAUGGCAGGCGCGUUCGAGAAGCCAAAGGAAAAGCCGCCCGCGCAUAGCCUGACGGAGCACCUCGACAAGCACCUCGGGAAGCACGUCGGCAUGGCCAACAAGAACGAGGUCAUUCUCAAAUAUCUGGUGGACCUUGAUUUGAGCGUGGACAACAGCAUGCUUCUCCAGGCGGAAUGCGUGUACCUCUUUUUCCAGUCUGAGGAGCGCAGCCUCCUGUACCACAUCAGCCACGGCGCAUGGUACACGUGGGGCGAGCAGGGCUGGACGCAGAAAGACGGCUCGAACCGCGUCAUGGAGUUCAUGCAGACGGGGUUCUUGAAGGCCGCGAGGGAUGUUCGGAAGCUCGCGAGGCAGCGGCAAUGCUUCCCGCCGACCGCCGACGGUGAGGAGCACAUCCGCACGGCGUUCCUGGACAAGCUCGUCGCGGCGGUGGAGGGCAAGGGCACCGUGAAGGCGUUGAUGGACCAGUGCGCCAUAUUCUUCAAGCUGGAUCCCGUGUUCGACGCGAACCCAGAUAUUCUGCAGUGCCGCAACUGCGUGCUCGAUCUGGCGAAGAAUUGUUUCAGGGAGUCCCGUCCGUCGGACAUGACGAACAGAAGCUCCUCCGUGGCGAUCCCGAAGGAGUGGUUGGAGGACCCGUCCCUGGUCAUGCCGCAGUCGCUCGGGCAGAGGACCAUGGUCUGGAAUUCGCUCUGGAGCAUCUGGAAGAGAGGCGAGGGCGGCUUCCACCCGGGCGACCACUUCGACGAGUUGGGGGAUUGCGACAGAGAGAAUUUCGAGUUCUUCAUUUCUCUCGUGGCGCGCCUCCUGGAAGGCCGCCCGCUCCAGAAGGUGGUCAUGCCGUUCUCCGAGCGCGGGCGGAACAGCAAGGGGUUGUUGGAGAAGAUGCUGGAGAGCGUGUUCGGGAGCUACUAUGCCCCCGUCAAGAACACGAUCUUCUUGGAGGAGCGGCGCACGGAGGACGAGCACAACGCGGGCGCGCUGGAUCGCCAGGGGGCGCGCAUAGCGGCCACGAACGAGCCGCCCGAGCAGCCGUGGAGCAAUUCGACCUUCAAGAACAAGGUCUCCCGCGACAAGGUGCCGUGCCGCGGUUGCAACAGCAAGGUCGUGGAGAAGCAUUCGCCCACGUACACGUUCCUGUUCUCGACGAACGGCCCGGUGCGCUUUGCCGUCCCCCCGAAGAACUCGGAGAAGGAUCGGAUCUUGGUGCUGAGAAUGCCGAACAAGUUCGUGGACGACGGCGACAAGUUCACGUCGCCGAGACAGUUCCGCAAGGACCCCAAGAUCGAGGACCGGGCCAUGAGCGAGGACUUCGGGCUCGGGUUCCUGUUGAUCCUCGUGCAGCGCAGGCAGAAAGUGCAGGACCUCGACGAGCUGGUGGGUCGCGGCACGAAGACCAGUCGCUUCUGGGUGGAGAAGUGGUUCAGCGCCGAGCAGACGGGCGACGAGCCGGCGGCGGCGUCCGCGCCGCCAUCCGCCGAGGUGACCGAGCAAGCAGUGCAGACGUGCAAGGAGGAUCACGCGAGGUUGUCGGUGAAAGGCGCGGGCCGCGUUGUGCCCGAGUGGGAGAUCGUAAAGGACGAUCCAGUCAACAGGGGCAAAAGGAGCGAGCGUUUUUUGGAAUUGCAGAAAGUCAUGAGGAAUGCCGGCAGAGUCGGGGCGACCCUGAUGAGGGUGACGUCUUUCGUGUCCCGGAAGAAGCACUCCCAAAAGGCCAUAGAGCUGCUGCCGCUGGACGUGGCAUUGUACGACGCGAUCUUCUCCGACGCGGACGUCUUCGGGUCGUUGAGCUCGUACGCGUAUCCCCCCUUCCACGAUUCCUUCGCACAGAAAGACGGGUGCCUGGCUUUCGCCGAAACGCCUGACUCGGCGCGCCCCCCGUCGCCUGCCCACGCCCUCGUGUACCGCGUGCCCUCUCUCGUCCACCUGGCGGGCCUGUCUGCCGAGGCCUCGAGAAUGGCGGCCGACCCCAAUGUCUCUCCAGAAGACCGCAACAGGUGCUCGUCGUGGUUGCAGCGCGCCAGGGAGGAGGGGCAGGAAACGCAGGUGGGCCCGUCGUGCUUCCAGUGGCUCGACGAGGAGUACAGCCAGCUCGACGGCGUCGGUAGGGCGUAUGCCCCCGGACACAGUUGCCAAGCAGCUCGUCGCUCGGCGCGCGCAUCCAGCUGGGGUGACUUGCCGGUCGUGGAAUGGGACUUCCGCGUGGCUGCUUACUCGCGCCUGCUGUGGGAGCUGCGCCAGGUCGCUCCGCCGGAGGAGGGCGAGGGGGCGCGCUUCGACCAGAUCGAGAGGUACGUCGCAUCGCCGACUCCGUGGCGAGAAAAGAUCGCCGAGUAUUACGGCAUCAGCGUGGGCGAGGCCAAGCAGCUGUUGAACCGCCUGGUGUAUCCUCGAGGCAGGUGCCGGCCGAACGAGGAGUGGGAGCCUGGCGCCGGGGACAGGGGCUCUCAUGUACUGCCGUGCGUGCUGGAGCUUCGGCAUCAACUGGCUGGAGCAGUUACCGUGAUCGCGGCGAAGUCCGCGCGGUUCCAGCACAUCGCGAGCAUGGAGAAGACGAAGAGCGCUGAGCACCCCGAGUCCACCGCCAUCGCUCUGUUCCUGCAGGACUCCGAGAAUGUGGCGCUGGGGCAACUGCUGGAAUUCCAGAGCUACCACAACAUCCAGCCCGUGUGCCUGUGCUUCGACGCCAUCUACUUCGUCCCGCCGCCGUUCCUGCUGGCGGGCGACCGGCUGGAGCAGCUCACGCGGACGGCGUCGGACGCCAUGUUCGCCGCCGCCGGCGUCCGCAUCAAGCGCGCGCGCGCCUCCAGGGAGCUGUCCGACCAGGACGACGCGUCGGCGAGCCUGGCCUUCUACUUGAACUCGCUCGUGCGCCGACGACUGGCGGCGCCCCAGAGAUCCACGUGCGUGGGCGUGCCCUCCGAGGAGCCGCCGGCGAAGCGGUCCAGGCUCACCGGCAAGCGGACUCCACAGGCCGCCGCCGCUGCUGCCAACGAGGCCGUCUACGCUCAGUGCAUGGCAGCAGGGCACAAUUGCGUUCCGUGGUCGUUCCUCGCGCUGUCCAAGAACCUCGUGCACUCCCAGAAGUUCCUCGAGUUUGCCUUCUCUCCUGGCCCCCACAACUACGCCGACGCGGUCGACGCGGCACAGGAUUUCCAUUCGUUGGACGUCGUGGACAACAACGACCUGCAGUCCCUCGAGCCGGGCGGAUACAUGUUGCACGCUCGCGGGGAUCCUGGCCACGCCACCCCGCUGGUGAUCGCCGCCAACGAGCAGCCCGUGAUUCUACUGCCAGGCGCGGGAGGCGUUCCCGAGCCCUGCGUCGUGGACCUUGCCGCGCAGCGCUGCGACAUCGCCUGGGCAUUCCGCGGCCCCGCGACCGACGGGCGCGACUCGCUGAAGAGUGAGUGUCGGGAGUACCUGGACCUGCUGAAGGGCGACGGCGCGCUGGAGACCUGCGCGUGCAAGAAGUGCGCGUUCCGUGCGUUUACGGAGAGGAGGUACCUGCGACACCACGUGGAGACUUACCACACGGAGGAGCGAAGUUACACGGCGUGCAACACGGACGUGCAGCUGAAGAUCGCCCGGGCAAUCUUCAACCAGCGCAGGGUAUGUUCGAUCCUGCAACCGGAGGCAUCGCCCCAUGACUUGCUCUCCGCGUCGGCCGCGCUCAUCCGCGACUGGGUCGCUCCAUCCGAGGAAACGCUCGCAGUGCUGAAACGGUCCAACGAGCUUCCUCUGGUCACGGUGUGGACGGAAGACGGCGCCGUGAUGAAGCUGAAGACCCAGACCGGGCCGACCAGGCGCUUGAGUUUCAAAGUGUAUUACACGGCUGGCUUCCAGGACCUCCUCACGUCGAUCGUGCUGCGUCGCAAAUUCCACCUUGCUUCCGUCAUGCAGGACCUCGCGGCGACCUGGGCAAUGAACAAUCAAGCGGUGCUGCUGUUCGGCAGGCAGGGGUACGAGUCGAUCUGCGAGCUCGUGGAGAACAUCUUCACCUCGCCCGAGAGCGCUGCUCUCGCCGAGCUCUUGCCAGAGGGUGCGAUCCCGCAGGUGGAGUACAUUCUGUCGGAUUCCCCGAGCGAGUACUUCCUCAGCCACUUGCCGAACUGCCGCGGCGUGGCGGAGGACCCCGUGCAUUUAUCGAUGAGGAUCGACGGGUGCACCAACGAACGCAGGACAGCGCUAUCUUGGCGAGUCUUGAAGCUGCACAAGAAAUUCCAGCAGCCAGCGCCGCCGGAUUGGGAGAUCCACCACGGCGAGCCCAUGCGCAUCCCCGAGUGGGACAGCGUGCGGCUGGGCCGGGCAUUCACCGAUGCCCAGUGGGAGGCCUACCUCGAGAAGCCGUUUACCAGCGUGCGCGAGUACGUCGGGGCCCUCCGGCGCAUCGCGCAGACGUACCCGCAGACGUUGACCCGCAAGGAUCUGAAGGGGGUGACCGUGCUGCAGCACCUGCAGCGCGCGGGCUCGCACUUUUUCUACACGCAGAACGUGGCCGUUUUCAGGCGCCUGCACCCGGGCGCAUUGAUGAACACGAUGCGGAACGAGGCCAUCCAUCGACAGGUCAAGGACUGGGGGCGCUGCGUGCACCAGUGCCAUCGCGAGCGCGUCGUCCUCGCGGGCAAGAUCUUCGGCGUCUACAAGGCGCUCGCGCACUCGUGCCAGCCAUGCACCGUGUCUCUCCGCGAGGGGUGGAGGGUCGCGCUGAUCGCGGGCGCGCUCUCGAAGGGCUUAACGCCGCAGUUCCAGAGUGGCGGCCCAGUCGCCAUCCGGGACCGCGAUCAGCUGCGCACGCCCGUGAUAGCAUUGUCCAGCGCGGACGCAGAGCGCCGCGCAGACCGCCGCGCAUCCAAGAGGGAGCGCGCAGCGGACCAGCGCGCCAUUCACGAGAGCCGCAAGGCCGCCAGGCGCACCAGGCUGGGUUGA